CCUAUUCAAGAAAGAACGUGAAAGCGUGAAUCCUUAGUAAGCUCAAAAACAUUUCGACAAUCGCUCAGAAACAAGGCCUAGUUUUUCAUUCUUUCAAGCCUCAACUUCUCACAAAGAACACAGCAAUGAAAAUCUUCCUAACUAAUUAGCCAGCAAUAUCAGUGUAUCAGGACUCGUAAACAAUGUGCCAUAUGAUGAAAAGUUUCGACCCUACAUAAGAUCAACAUCAGGUACAAUUAUUAUCCGAGGUUGAUCAUUUAUUAGAGAUUGGCAAAUCAGCUUGUCAACCACUAAUGGGAGAAAUCGAGGGCCAUUCUGAACUCAUUCAUGCACCUUGCUGCAAGCUGAAUGGCAUGGAAGAUUCUGGAAGCCGUGAAAGGAAGGAGGAUAAUGAUGAAUUCCCAUCUCUAACGGACUUUGAAGAGAGAUGUCCUCCAGAUGGAACUGAUUCAGUCAUACCCUACACCACCGGCCUGAGAGGAAUCUGGAAAACUUUCGAAGACUGUAAUGCAAUCCGGUUUCUUUUGGAGAGUUUUAGAGUAGUUCACUACGAAAGAGAUGUUUCGAUGCACUUGGAAUAUAGAGACGAGCUGUGGAGAGUACUCGGAAGUCGAGUAGUUCCCCCGAGGGUUUUCAUCAGAGGUAGAAACAUUGGAGGGGCUGAUGCAGUCGUAGGAUUGCACGAAAAGGGAAAGCUAAGAAAACUCUUACAAGGGAUAUCCUUAACUCAAUCAAAUACUCUUUGCAAUGCUUGUGCUGGAAUACAUUUUGUUUUAUGUUUCCACUGCAAUGGCAGACGGAAAAUCGCUCCGGAGGAGCAAGCCAAUGUAUUAUCAACCAUAAGGGGUCCAGAUUGCAAUGAAAGUGGAUAA